GUACGAUGAAUGAAAACCAAAUUGUUGUUAGGCAUGAAUCAGAAGGUGGCAAGACUCCCACAACGCGUGACGAAUCACAAGAUGUUAGUACGAUUACAAAGACCAUUAAAGGCCGUGGUCCGUCAAAAGGUGUUAAAGUCGCUAAGCCUAUGUUCCUUGAGUAUAAUGUAUAUAAUGUCCCCGAUGGACAAUGGUCUCAUGAAUACGGGAAGCAAGUUGGGAGUUGUGCUACUAGAAUUAAUAUUAACGUCCCAUUAUAUCCAAAGGUAGAUGAGCAAAUCAAGAAGGGGUUUUGGGAGGAGACUAAGCUUAUGUUCCACAUUACUGAUGAUUCUAAUCAUUCGAGGGAGAAAUAUUUUCAUUCUUGUGUGGCGAAACGAUUUAGUUGUUUCAAGAGCAAGUUGGUGCGCCGAUGGAUAACUAUGAAGGAAAAGAAGCCAAAAAAUCAAACAAACAAGAUGCCUUGGGAUGUCUACAACCAUAUCACAGAGGAUGAUUGGAAGACUUUUGUUAAACAUUAUUUCCUGCCAGAGUCAUUGCUUCGUAGUGAAAAGGCGAGGAAAAGUGCAUCAUGCAACAAGAACCCACAUCGCACCGGCCAAAAGGGUUAUAAUAGAAAGCGACUAGAUUGGAUAAAGGAUGGACGACUUCCACCAGAUGCAGCUUUACCUAUCUCGAGUAGCUCCUCGGUGAACUCAUCAGUGACCUCAAAUGUUAAUAGAGUUAGAAAAUACAGAUCAAAGGAGUGGAUUUUGGCCCAUCAAGUACAAAAUAAAGAGGGAAAGUGGGAAAUUGACCCGAACGAUACAGAAGUUGUUGAAAUCGCAACAAAAGCUUUAGAGUACAUCGCAGAAGAGGAAAAAGGAAAUCUUUCUUUCGAACAGGGUGAGGAUGCCCUCACUAAAGCUAUAGGGAAAAAAGAUCAUCGUGGGCGUGUCAAGGGAACAGGUGGCAUGGUUGGUAUCAAAAAGGCUUUCGGUCCGUGUAUUCGACAUAGUAGAAGUGACCAUGGUGAAGCUUCAUCAGAAAAUUACGAAUCAAUCAGAGCUUCUGUGAAAAAGGAGUUUGAAGGUGAAUUAGAGAAAAUGGUAGAGAAGAGGGUGGCAGAGGCCCUCCAAAAGCAACUAAGCACCUUGUUAAAAACAGGACAACUAAACUCCAUUUCUACCCCGAUACCUGAUGACCUCCACUUAAAUGAUUCUGCCAGAGUUGACCUUGAUGUUAGUGCUACAAGAACCACUCGUCACAUCUUAGUGCCGCAACCACGCGAGCUAAAGGAAAGGACUCCAUGUCGUCUUGCCCUUGAGGAGAAAGUUUCAGGCAACAACAUUGUCGUGGCGGAUGGUAUGGUACAACCCUCAGAUGGUGCAUUGCCCCAACAUUUUACAUCGAUGAAGCCUGGUCACUAUAAAGUCCAAGUUGAUUUUGUUUACGACGGACAUGUUGAUGAUAUUCUUCCGGUACCUACGAGAGAUGGUUUCACUAACUUAGGCGGUGCUCUGGGUAGUUUUGUGCAAUGGCCCAUACACUUAGUGAUUUUCGAAGACGGCGAGGUAUAUAUGUUUUAUUGUUUAGAAUGUAUAUGUUCACGCAAGCACAUUCGACAUCUUACCUACUCUUGUUUUUGUUGAA